AUGAAAUAUCUCGUCACCGGUUGCGCUGGAUUUAUUGGAUGGAAAGUGACCGAGUUCUUGCUGGAGGCGGGACACACCGUCGUUGGGGUCGAUAACUUAAACGCUGCGUAUGACACGCAGAUCAAGCGGUGGAGACUUAAUCAACUUGAAGGCACCCCAAACUUCCAUUUUCAUCGUUCAGACAUUUGCGAGCGGGAUGUGCUGCGGACAAUAUUCGAGCCGGUAUCCACGAGGGAUACCCCUACAUUUGACGCUGUGAUUAACCUCGCGGCGCGUGCGGGUGUGCGCCAGUCCGUCGAGAAUCCGUGGGUGUACGUUGAUACGAACGUAACCGGUACAUUGAACCUGCUGGAGUUAUGCCGCGAAUUUGAGGUGAAGAAAUUUGUGUUGGCUUCUACGUCAAGCCUCUACGGAGAAAAUAAUCCACUUCCGUUCAGUGAGGAAGCAAGCACAGACAGACCGCUGUCUCCGUACGCUGCCUCAAAAAAGGGUGCCGAGUCGCUCUGCCAUAGUUACCAUCAUCUCUAUGGUAUUGACGUGACAAUCUUCCGUUUUUUCACGGUGUAUGGUCCCGCCGGCAGACCCGAUAUGAGCGCGUUUCGGUUCGUCCAGUGGAUUAGUGAAGGGAAACCGGUUACCGUUUAUGGUGAUGGCAAACAAUCCUCACGGGAUUAUACCUAUCUCGAAGACAUUGCCCGUGGUGUGAUUGCGGGAUUGAAACCGCUCGAAUACGAGGUGAUUAAUCUCGGUUCCGAUAGUCCCAUUGUGCUUAUUGAUACGAUUCGGUUGAUAGAAGAACUGGUUGGUAGGAAAGCCGAACUCUCACACCAACCGUUUCACCCAGCAGAUGUCCGCGCCACGUGGGCAAACAUCCGAAAAGCUGAAGAACUUUUAGGUUGGCGACCCCAAGUCAGGUUUCGUCAAGGGAUUACCGCACUUGUGGAGUGGUAUCAGACGAAUCGCGAAUGGGCAAAGCAUAUCCAGACGGACUAA